AUGCAAGGAGCUGGACGAAAAAAGGGAGGAGCUAGAGAAAGAAGUUCUGAGGCAAGGAAGAACGUGGAGGAGCUGAAGAGAAUAAUGACAGGCGUGGAGAAGCUGGACAAAAGAAGCGAUGAGCUGCGUGUGGAACCUUUUCCUUCACCUGCCUUGGCCCGUGGAGCGGACCUUGCUCUUAGGCUGCUAGAGGGGGAGAUACGGCGGCCCCCACAGGAGGUGCGGCAGCGCCCGACAGCAAGGCGUUACACUACACUAUGGAGGAUCAAGUACUACCCCAACGGCCAAGGUUCAGAUAAUGCCAACUACAUAUCUGUCUUCAUUCAGCUUGCCAGUGUUAGCAUGGACUUGCCGUUCAAGCCUGACAAGGGCAUCUCAGCUCAAUGUGUGCUCAGUUUACUGGACCGGGCUGGGAAGCCUGUGCCAUCAUAUACCUUAACCUUUGAUAGAAUUUUCACAACCCCUCAAGGAGAGUGGGGCUGGCACAAAUUCAUCACAAGGUCGAAAUUAGAGAACUCAGGUUGCCUCAAGGACGACUACUUCACUCUCAGGUGCGACAUCACUGUCACAGAGUUGCGCGCCGAGGAAACAGAGGAUCGUGAUUUCACCGAUCUCCUGUGGAAGAAGGAGGGGGCAGAUGUGGGCUUCCAUGUGGGCGGCGAGACAAUCGUCGCCCAUCGAUGGGUGAUGGCUGCCCGGUCUCCAAUCUUGAAGGCAGCAGCGGAAGCAGAGCUCCUUGGCAUGUUGGAAAGGGAGAAGAAGGCACCCAUGGCCACUGUAAGGAUCGACGACAUGGAGGCAAAAAUGUUCAAGGCUUUGCUCCACUACAUAUACACCGAUGCAUUGCCUAUUGAGAUGGAUAAGGGAGAUGAGGCGGCGACAGCAAUGGCGCACGGAUUGCAUGAAGCAGCGGAUAGGUACAAGAUGGAGAGGCUGAAGCUGAUCUGUGAGGACAUGCUAUGCAAACGUGUCUCCACAGGCACGGCGAUAACCACGCUGGUGUUAGCGGAGCAGCAGCACCGCCAGAGGCUCAAGGCGGCGUGCAUCGACUUCCUCAUCUCUCCGAACAAUAUGAAAGUCAUCUUGGAAAAUGGUGGUUUUAAGCAUUUACAGAGGAGUUGCCCCUCUGUUCUCAUGGACCUCAUAGGAAGGGUAAAAGUGGCCUGA